AUGGGAAGGAUAGCUAACGGUGAAGGAUGUAGUCAACCUACAACACUCACAAGUUGCACUAAAAUGGAGACAAACGAAACACAUAUCAACAAAGAUUCCACUAUGAGUGUUAUAAGUGUAGCUCAGACGAUGAGUACUUAUAAUAAAGAAUAUUAUCAACGAAGAAAGGAACAAACUAUGAUGGAAAAAAGAAGAGUAUACGCCUUUCAGGAGGAUCCAUAUGAUUUUGUUUACAAAAACAUCUUGGGUAGACAAAACUGGCAUACUCCCCUAUUCCCACACAAUUGCACAAACUCUUCAAAAGGCAAGAGCAGCUGGAAGAAUGCUUCAGAAUAUACUUCAAAAAAAGGCGGAAAUACUUUUGCAGUAGAUACCUAUAUAAAGAUUGAGACUACACGUUUGGUUUUUGUUGAAAAGAACCAAACCAAAAUUAGGGCCAAUUUAUACCAGGGCAUUGUUGAUUGCUUCAAUGUCGGUGACGCUCAACCAAGUAGGGUUGGACAAAGAGUUGUGUUACCUGCAAGUUUCAUUGGAGGUCCAUGUGACAUGCGACGAAGAUUUAUGGAUGCCAUGGCUUUAGUUCAAGAUGAUGGGAUGCCUGAUAUAUUUCUUACAAUGACGUGCAACCCAAAAUGGAAAGAAAUCGAUGAUGAGUUAUUGCCUGGACAGUCAGCUCAAGAUCGAUCGAACCUUAUGGUAAGAGUUUUUCAUGUUAUGUUAGAGGAUCUCAAGGUACAAUUAUUACAGAGACAUAUAAUCGGUGUGGUGGGGUCAUAUGUGUAUGUGAUAGAGUUUCAAAAGCAUGGAUUGCCACAUGCACAUUUCCUCUGA